CGCUCAGAGGUUUCCAACAUGGCGAAGAAAACGUUGGCGGAUAAAACGCCUCAAAACGAAGAUUCCGUGAAAAAUAAUGAAGAUAUAUUGAACGACGAUGAAGAGCCAAAUUUUAGUGAUUCCGAAGGAUUUGUCGACGAUAUCACCGACGAAGAACUUCUAGGCGACAUAUUAAAGCAAAAACCCUCAGAGACAGAUGGAGUGGAAUCGGUGAUUGUUAUUGACGGAGUUCCUCAGGUUGAACCAGAAAGAUUGGAAAAACUUCAGUCUGUAAUUAGCAGAGUCUUAGGAAAAUUUGGCACAGUAGUAAACCAACAUUAUCCCAAACAUGAGAAUGGAUAUACAAAAGGGUAUAUAUUUCUAGAAUAUAAUAAUCCUCUGAAUGCCUUAACAGCUGCUCAAACUGUAAAUAAUUACAAAAUUGACAAACAACACACAUUUAAAGUAAAUUUGUUUACUGACUUCAAGAAAUUUAAAGAGAUCUCAGAGGAAUGGGAACCACCAAAACCACAACCAUUCAAAGCUGCCACAGAUUUACAUUAUUAUCUCUUAGAACCAGACGCUUAUGAUCAGUUUUGUGUUCUUUGCGGAAAUGGCCCCUCUGUCACUGUUCAGGUUUGGCAGAAUUCUGCCCCUGAAUCGACAUUACUCGAAGAACGUUCCCGUUGGACAGAGACUUAUGUUAAAUGGUCUCCUCUGGGAACAUAUUUGGCAACAUUUCACAAACCAGGUGUUGCAUUAUGGGGUGGCCCUCAGUUUUUGCAACAAGCAAAAUUCGGUCAGAAAGGUGUCGAAUGCAUUGAUUUCUCGCCUGGCGAACGUUACCUAGUAACUUAUACUCCUCGAACUGAUCUCGGCUCUGAUCAGAAGCGACUUGUAAUCUGGGAUAUUCUAACCGUUCAAGAAAAACGUUCGUUUCACGCGGACGGUUCUUCUGUGUGGCCGAUUUUCCGUUGGUCGCAUGAUGAUAAAUAUCUUGCUCGUAUGGGAGAAGAUAUUUUAAGUGUUUAUGAAACACCGUCGUUUGGAUUACUGGAUAAGAAGAGUAUAAAGAUCCCUGGAAUCAGAGAUUUUAGUUGGUCUCCAACAGACAACAUUCUUGCCUACUGGGUACCAGAAGAUAAAGAUGUUCCGGCUCGAGUUACUCUUCUUGAAAUUCCAAAUCGUAAUGAAAUACGUAACAAAAAUUUGUUUAACGUAGCCGACUGCAAGAUUUAUUGGCAAAAGUCAGGAGAUUAUCUUUGCGUGAAAGUAGAUCGUUUUGCCAAACGUAAGGAAAAGACGGAACAGAAGUACACGGGUAUGUCGUACAACUUUGAAAUCUUCCACAUGCGAGAAAAACAAAUUCCGGUAGACAGUGUAGAAAUAAAGGAACCAAUUCACGCGUUUGCCUGGGAACCUAUUGGAAGCAAAUUUGCUAUUAUUCAUGGAGAGAUUCCAAGCGUUAAUGUCAGUUUCUAUGAAGUGCGGUUUGGUCAUCAACCUGCUCUUUUAAAGAAAUUUGAGAAAAAAGCUUGCAACCACUUGUUCUGGUCACCGUCCGGACAAUUUAUUGUCCUCGCGGGAUUGACAACCAUGGCAGGAGCUUUGGAGUUUAUUGACACUAACGAUUUUACUAUUAUGAACUCAACUGACCAUUAUCAGACUUCAGACGUGGAAUGGGACCCUACCGGACGGUACGUUGUAACAGCCGUUUCUAGCUGGAAGACUGGGGUUGAUAAUGGAUAUUGGAUAUGGACGUUUCAAGGACGCAUCUUAAAGAGAGUGAAUCUUAACCAGUUUAAUCAGUUAUUAUGGCGACCGAGACCGCCGACGUUGUUGACGCUCGAACAAAUUAAAGAAAUCAAAAAGAACUUGAAGAAAUAUUCUGCUCAAUUCGAGAGCAAAGAUCGUAUGCGAUUAACACGUGCCUCGAAGGAAUUAAUUGAGAAACGAUGCGCAGCCAUGAAGUCAUUUGAAGAAUAUCGUUCGAAACGUAUCGAAGAGUAUAAUAACCAGAAGAAGCGACGUUUAGAAUUACGUAAAAAUAUUGAUACAGAUGAAUUAGAUUCUGAUUCGAAGAACGUAGAGGAGGAAGUAAUCGAAUUUUUCGUCAAGGAAGAGACAUUCGUUAUCGACGACAAAUAAAACUUUGUGGAAGAAAUUUUCCUGUCUGCCAUUUUUGGAAAUCUCUAGUGCAAAACCGAUUCAAUCAUUUGUGUAAAGUGUCAUCGAAACAAUAAUCUUCCGGAGUCACAAUAACUGUGACUCUCAAUAGUGGACAAUGACUAUUCUAAGUGGUUAUGAACAGUUUCUUUUAUAUUACUUUUGCACCCUAAUUGGAAUCGUUUCCGUCGCAAAGACAUUUGGUAUAAAACGUCGCAAUCAUAGUACCAUAAAGUUUUAUCACGUUCCAUACAGGAUAGUAUGUCAAUCAGAAAAUAAUUAUUACCAGUAUAACCACAGAAUAACGUACUUUUUAUUUAUCGAACCCAUAUUUGUUUGAUACAUUCAAUCGAUUUUAUUUAUAAUUGAAAGGGAGACUA